AUGGGAAGAAAACAACCGUUUGAGAGAAGGCUAGCGCUCAACAGCAUCAAAUCCCAGCCGCCGCCUCGGCCUCACUGGCGCCGUCCUGGUGCACAGCAGUACCUGGGCGGCGAGGAGCGGAGGGACGCGGUGCUGAGGCUGGACGGCAAGGUGCCAGUGCCAGUGGUGACCAUGCGCGGCUCAGACUGGGCCUCCUUGCCGGAGGGCGCGGACCGGAUCGACCAAGCGGCGCACGCCGACCUUCUGGUGGUGAUCGGUGGGCUCGACCCGCUGCAGGACUGGCAGAGGCGGGCCCAGUCGCCCCCUGGUGGCUCACCUGAGGGGAUUUGUUUCAGCAUCCCCUCCGACUCCGAGGAAGACGUGGAGGAGCUCCUGUGGUCCUCGCCACGCCCCUCCUCGAAGGGCAAGGAGCCCUUGCCCGCUGGUCGCACCUCCUCCCCGCCUCGUCGCAGAUCUGGUGGUUUCAUGGCAGAUGCUAGGCGGCUGCGGCCGCGGAGGGAGGUUAGGGAUUGGCCGGAGAUCCAAGUUCCGCCUCCCAGGUCGCUCGUCCCCCCUGUGGACGCUGAUGGCUUCCGUGAGGUGGUCAACAAGCGCCAUCUGCGGCGGGAGGCGCGACGUGCUCGCUCCCCACCUCCUCGACGGCCCGUCCCUGCGGAUCUGGUAGGCAGGUGCUUCAAUUGCCUGUCCUAUGGCCAUGUCACGGCACGCUGCUCCUUUCCCUCGCGGUGUCUUCGCUGUGGGCGGGAAGGCCACUCCGCCAAGAACUGUCGCUACGGUCGCCCGAGGCCACCACCACCGCCGCGGGGCUGUGGCCAACCCGCCCGCCGGAUGGGGACUUGCCGCGACGCCGUGGCCGCGUCGCUCCUCAUCCAUGCGCAUCACUCGCCGGCGACUGCUACCACGGCUUCUUCGGGGUCUGCCUCUACGGGUCACCAGUACUCGGGUCCUCCUUCCAUCUGCAGACACUCUCCGGCACCUCGCCGCCCGUCCUCUCCGCCCCCGCAGGUGGCUCCGCACCCCCCUCGUGUGGUUCCGUCACCCCCCUCGCCGCGGCGGACAAAUCCGGCCGCACCACCGCCUCCUGCGCGGCCUCUGCGCGUCGCCCCCUACAUCGACGAGGAUGGCUUCCAGCUGGUCGUCUCCAAACGGCGGGCCAGGGAGGAACGCGCUCCACCUCGGGGCCGCCCCGCUUGUCGACCUGUGCCCGUGAAUCUCGUCGGUCGCUGCUUCAAUUGCUUUUCCUUCAAUCAUAUGGCGGCGAGGUGCCCCAACCCAUCCCGUUGCUUCCGCUGUAAGGGAACGGGGCACUCGGCGAAGCAAUGCAAGCGAGCUCGCCCACAACCCCCGGCAGCUAAUGGUCGCGGGCGCCCCCUUCGUCGCCUUGCCCGGGAUGGGGUCGCCACUGGUGCUCGCCGCGGCCACAACGACAUGUCGAGUUCCUACCCAUGGCUGAGGAAAACUAUUUUUGGGCGGCUGGAGAAUGACGAUGCCUCCCGCUCGCCGCCGGAUCAGGGGAACUCGGGAGGGUCGUCUCCUGGUUGCCUUUGUGGUCACCAGCCUGCCAGAAAGCGCCAUUCUGCGGAUGACACCACGAGCACCACCCCCUCUGUCAGGGACCUCUGGUCGCUCCCUGAGGCCCCCUGUCUGUUGGAGAAGCAAGUGCCUGACCCCAUGCGCUUUGAGGCAACGCUGGCCUCGCCACAGAUGCGGUCUUCAACCUUGGGCUGCAGCACCAUGUUGGAUCUCCAGACAAUCCUGAGGAAUGCCCUACCGAUCCCAACAUGGGAUCCCAUGCUGCUUGAAGCAGAAAUCCAACCUAGUGCUUUGCCUUCAUCGCAGAAUCUGUCCACGCCCGUGGCCGGGCCGAGUUUGACACAUGCUGGGCGAAACUCUCUACCGGUCAAUGACUGCGAUGUCUCUGCUGCGGACCUGGAAAGGGGAGGCUCCCUCACCUAUGGCCGCUGCGCCACCGCCCCGCCGUCGGGCACGUUCCCCACCAAAGACGGUAGCCAUUCGACGAAGCAAGCGGCUCGCAAGGAAGUCAAGGCACCGAGCCACAAAGCCCGUGAUACAGGCACAGAACGUUCUCAUGAGGCGUCUUGGCAUGGCUCCCGCCAAUGCUGCACCGGAUACUUCCUCAUACCAGCAAUUUGUGGAUACGUUCUCGGGCACCCUUUUCGUGUCGCAGGCUGAAGCCCUAGAAGAGCUGCUACCAAAUUCCGCUCCCAUGGUAGUAGCUAAUGAGUCGGAACCGCUUGCUCUUUAGUAGUUACUGCUGUUCUCCUUGGUCGCCAAACUAUUACUGAUGAAUUGUGAAAAUUUAUUAGUUUGGAAUGUGAGGGGACUAAACUCGAGGGCUCGACGCUCGGUGCUUAGAGAGCUGGUUGCGCAAGAGAGAUUCUCUCUUGUAUCCUUGCAGGAAACGAAGCUUGAUGUUUGUCCUGCCUC